AGUUCUUGCAGGCUGGGACGUUCAUAGGAGAAGGAUUAGAGCACACGUUCAGAAAUACAUGAAAGCAAUAAAUGCAGAAGUUUUCAAGAAAGAAGUAAAGGCAGGCUCAGCAGUUCUGAACCUUAGCAAUUUGAUAAUUCUUUAGUCGUAAUUAAUGAUGCAGAGAAUUCGGAGCUGUCAGAAUUUCCUCCAAUAACUUGUGAUUACGAUUUAACUGGCGAUAUUUCGAUAUUAGCAUCCAUUCACGAUGGGUUUCAGCUUCGCAAAAUCUAGAUCAGGAUCAAAACGAAACACCUCUCCCCAAGCAUCCCAGAACACUGUUGAAAACCCCCCCAAAAGUUAAACAUUAGGUCUGUAGAAAAUAGUUCUGGAUAUUAUUUUCACCUUGGACUUAAAGAAUCUCUGUCUAAAUCUAGUCUGGUUGGAUUAUCAUAAAAGUACGUUCUUAAGAAAAAUUAAGGUAAGACUGUUCCACUUCAACACAUUUUGAUCUGUCAUUAUCAAUUUGAAUUGUUCUAGAAGAUCUUCUAUCUUGUUCAGCUACUUUUUAAUAAUUUCUUGAAAAGGGGGUAAAUUCAUGGGUACAGGGGGGUUUUACCGCCUUUAGCCUUUAGGAGGGAAAGAAAUGUACUGGGCUAUGUUGUGUUUAACACCUGCAUUUGAACUAUCAGUGCAAAUAUGCUAUACACAUACAUAUUUUAUUUAUGUUUGCUUCACGUAUUUAUUUAACAGUGAUGUUUACAAAGAAAUAGGCUUUGCAUAUUUAGGAUAAAAUGCCUACAAACUGCAUGUUGUUUCAGCAGAUGGCCUUAUUCCAUGUUGUUGAGUUUUUGGAAGAAGCAGAAGGUUUAAAGGGGCCAGUAGCUGUAAUUCCAGACAGCUGGCUGCUAGCAUUUUUAAAGAUUCCAGUGGUCGCAGGAUGUGCAACUGGCCACCAAAAUCUGCAAGCUUCAUUAUUAAACACCAGAUUCCUCAUGGCCCAUGCAUCCAGUUUGCCUGCACAAGUCAUUAAGUAACUACCAAGCAGCUAGCCAAAUCUGCGAGAGACUGAAAGAAAUGUCGCAGGUGGAGAGUGAUGACACAAAUACUCCCAAUCAAACAAAAAGGCCACGGAUAACUCUGAUUAGAUUUCGGGAUGCACAGCUAACAGACAUCGAAGGAGAGAACAAUGCUGAGGAAUCACUAUGUGAUGACCAUUCAAUGCAGCAGUGUCCACCACCAUUGCCAUACUCUCUGCCGCCAGUAGUUGUCAGCCCUAGGGUGUCCCCAAGUAGCAGCUAUCGACAAAGUACUAUUUCACCUUUGCCUUCACAUCUCCAACACUCAUUCUCAGGUUUUCGUCCUGCCAGCAUAGGGACCCACAACCCCUUGGAAGGUAAUUUGAAGUCAUUUUGUUUAUAAUCAUUUUAAAAGUUUGUUUUUUCUUACCCUCGGCCAAGACUUAUUAACAGCGUUUUUGUGAAAUAUAGCCAGAAGUGGAAAAUCCCAGCCUUCUUUUGCCAUAGUGAAAAAAAAAAAUGAAAUACAUAUGGAUCAGAUAUCAAAUAGAUAUAUGACAAAUGGGAAAAGCAACCAAGAGUAGUGAUAUUUUCCAGGCAUUGGGAAUUAUAGCGAAGCCAGCAAAGAUCACAUCUUAUAUGUUUUCUGCUAU